AUGCUUCAGCGUCUUAACCCAGGCUUAAACGAGACAGCGCGCACUGAGGAUAGCAUCACAUUAUCUUCUUUGGACGAAGACGUGGACAUUGUCGACAACCUCUUCGGCAACAUCUUUGAAACAUGGCUUCAUUCGGAACCACCACUAAUCGACACCUACCGAGUACUUGCCGACUCUUCAGGUCGUCCAUCGGCUUCUUGA